CAGGGGACCCAGGAAGAGGGGGUGAGGGCCGGGCCGGGCACGGAAGCGAGCAGAGCCGGGCAGCAGGAAGAUGGCAGAGCCGGAGAUUCAGCUGCUGCUAGGCGUGGGGCUGAUUGAAAAAGACACCAAUGGAGAUACUCUGUGGGUAUGGUGUUAUCCUUCCACCACAGCUGAAAUGAGGGAUCUAUUGCUGAGAAAAUGCUGCCUUACAGAUGAAAAUAAACUGCUUCACACCUUUGUAUUUGGCCAGUAUAGAAGAUCAUGGUUCUAUAUCACAACAGUGGAAGUUCAAGAUUCUUCAGUCUUGAAAAAGGUGACUCACUUUUCUAUUGUUCUGACUGCCAAAGAUUUUAACCCGGAGAAAUAUGCAGCCUUCACUAGGAUAUUGUGUAGAAUCUACCUGAAGCAUGGAAGUCCAGUUAAAAUGAUGGAGAGUUACAUUGCAGUUCUUACAAAGGGGAUCUGCCAGAGUGAAGAAAAUGGAUCGUUCCUCAGCAAAGAUUUUGAUGCCCGAAAGGCUUACCUUGCAGGUUCAAUCAAAGAUAUAGUAUCUCAGUUUGGUAUGGAAACAGUUAUCCUAUUCACUGCACUGAUGUUAAAGAAAAGAAUUGUUGUAUAUCACCCAAGAAUAGAAGUCAUCCAGGAGUUUACCAGGACUCUACCUGCUUUAGUGUGGCAUCGACAGGACUGGUCAAUUCUUCAUUCGUAUGUUCAUCUAAAUGAUGAUGAACUGGAAGCAUUAAAGACCUGCACAGGUUACAUUGCUGGAUUUAUAGACUCCAAAGUGAGCAAUAGACCGGAUCUAUAUGAUGUGUAUGUGAAUUUGGCAGACAGUGAAAUUACCAUUUCCCAGCAAGCGAAAGAGGCAAUGACAAUGGGAAAAUUGCACAAAGAAAUUGGUCAACUCAUUGUUCAGUCUGCAGAAGAUCCAGAUAAAUCAGAUAGUCAAGUCAUUAAGGAUAUUUCACUGAAGACAAAGGAAAUUUUGACUAAUCUGGCAUCAUUUACUGAAGUUUCUGAUGAUGGUGAGAAACCGACACUUAACUUUGAAUCCCUAAAACAAAAGCGAUAUCCACCAGCUACAGAAAACUUUCUUUAUCAUCUAGCAGCUGCUGAACAAAUGCUUAAGAUAUGACUUUGUUGAUACACUUAAAUGUUGUGGACCAAUAUGAAACUAUUCCCUUUGCCAUAAAACUAUGACUAUCUGCUACUUAUAUAAAAAAUUAAAGGUAGCAAAGAAAAUGUUACAUUUUUAAUGAUGUAAUGCAAAAUAUAGACAUUUGACCUGGAACAUGCGGCUACACA